CCCCCUCCCGGCCAAGAUGUCUGACAUGGAGGAUGAUUUCAUGUGCGAUGAUGAGGAGGACUACGACCUGGAAUACUCUGAAGAUAGUAAUUCUGAGCCAAAUGUGGAUUUGGAAAAUCAGUACUAUAAUUCCAAAGCAUUAAAAGAAGAUGACCCGAAAGCAGCAUUAAGCAGUUUCCAAAAGGUUUUGGAACUUGAAGGUGAAAAAGGAGAAUGGGGAUUUAAAGCACUGAAACAAAUGAUUAAGAUUAACUUCAAGUUGACAAACUUUCCAGAAAUGAUGAAUAGAUAUAAACAACUAUUGACCUAUAUUCGGAGUGCAGUCACAAGAAAUUAUUCUGAAAAAUCCAUUAAUUCUAUUCUUGAUUAUAUCUCUACUUCUAAACAGAAUUCUGAUUUUUUAUGUCAGAUGGAUUUACUGCAGGAAUUCUAUGAAACAACACUGGAAGCUUUGAAAGAUGCUAAGAAUGAUAGACUGUGGUUUAAGACAAACACAAAGCUUGGAAAAUUAUAUUUAGAACGAGAGGAAUAUGGAAAGCUUCAAAAAAUUUUACGCCAGUUACAUCAGUCCUGCCAGACUGAUGAUGGAGAAGAUGACCUGAAAAAAGGUACACAGUUAUUAGAAAUAUAUGCCUUGGAAAUUCAAAUGUACACAGCACAGAAAAAUAACAAAAAACUUAAAGCACUCUAUGAACAGUCACUUCACAUCAAGUCUGCCAUCCCUCAUCCACUGAUCAUGGGAGUCAUCAGAGAAUGUGGUGGUAAAAUGCACUUGAGAGAAGGUGAAUUUGAAAAGGCACACACUGAUUUUUUUGAAGCCUUCAAGAAUUAUGAUGAAUCAGGAAGUCCAAGACGAACUACUUGCUUAAAAUAUUUGGUCUUAGCAAAUAUGCUAAUGAAAUCGGGAAUAAAUCCAUUUGACUCCCAGGAGGCCAAGCCGUACAAAAAUGAUCCAGAAAUUCUAGCAAUGACGAAUUUAGUAAGUGCCUAUCAGAAUAAUGACAUCACUGAAUUUGAAAAGAUUCUGAAAACAAAUCACAGCAACAUCAUGGAUGAUCCCUUCAUAAGAGAACACAUUGAAGAGCUUUUGCGAAACAUCAGAACACAAGUGCUCAUAAAAUUAAUUAAGCCUUAUACAAGAAUACAUAUUCCUUUUAUUUCUAAGGAAUUAAACAUAGAUGUAGCUGAUGUGGAGAGCUUGCUGGUGCAAUGCAUAUUGGAUAACACUAUUCAUGGCCGAAUUGAUCAAGUCAACCAACUCCUUGAACUGGAUCAUCAGAAGAGGGGUGGUGCACGGUAUACUGCACUAGAUAAAUGGACCAACCAACUUAAUUCUCUCAACCAAGCGGUAGUCAGUAAACUGGCUUAACAGAGAACAAGCUUUUACAGACAUACUUAAUUAAGGCAACAGUGCAGAGAUGUAAUCCUUAAAAGAACUGGGAAUGGCAAAACUACUGUCGGUUGAUGUGUCCUGAAAAUUAUUGGAGUUAUGGCAGAAGUGCUUUUUUGAUCAACUGGUUUGUGUUUUGCUGCUGCAUUUAUCCCAAGAAAAACAGCUUUAAUCUCCAGAAGAAAACCAAAAUACCAUGGGAUUUAUGCUGUGUUGACAUCUUGCCCUAAACAUACAACAUCGUAGUAAUUUGUCAUGGGCACCAUGACCAGAGAGAAGAUCUUUGUCAUGAUUUUAAAUACACUGACACGCUACUGUUGGUUAAAUUUAAACAUGUUUUACCUGCAGAAAUUCUCUCACAAAUAACCUGCAAUAACUUGAAAUGCAUACCCUUUUGAACACUUCCUUUUCUCAUGUAUAAAUUAAAAUGUUUGCUGCAUUUUGCAAAAUGUCAAUUCUCCAAAAAUGUGUCCAUAUAUUUCUGUACCUGCAGUGUAGUAAAGGUUUAGAUGAAACCCCAUAAUUAUAGUGGCAUACUGUCACUUAGGUUUCAAGCAGCAAAAUAAACAGUGCAGCUCAGAAAUUGUA